GCGGCGGCUGGGUUUGCCCCGGCUGCUUCUGCUGCAGGUCUUGACGCGGGGCGUUUCUGGGGGGAAGAUCCGAAGCUGCUUUAUCCCCAGGCGGGGAGUUUCCCCAAUAGACACCGGUAUCUGGUUUGCCGGGAGGAAAUGCGACAGGCCUUCGCCGAUUCCAGAUUCCCCCUCUUGAAAUCUUAAAAUAAGAUUGGAGAAUUUCCAUCCUGCAGUCUGACCAGGAUUUGGUACUUCCACCUUACGAAAGGAUGUUUCUUCUGCCAGGUCUGAGAAUCUUCUGUUUACUCUUGGUGGUUUUAAUAGGGUGUUCCUGUCAGCAGUGCACAGAAGGCAUCAAGUACACAGACGCAAUACUUCCCAAUUUAGAAACAACUAAAAUUAUGCGGGUCCCACGUGCUGCGUCCAUGUCGGAUUGCCUGGCAGCUUGUUGUGAUCUUUCCGAUUGCGACUUGGCCUGGAUGUUUGAGCGGCAUUGCUACGUGGUCAGUUGCCAACCUAAAGGAACUUGUGAGCCCAAGAAAAUGGAGAAGGUGAAGUCCUAUCUGACCUUUGUGGUCAGAGCUCCCCAGAGACCAGCCACCUUGCUAGGAUAUGGGCAGGUGCCAUCCAAUGUGAUCCGCUCCAUGGCAUUGGCAAGUGAGCCCUCUGAGGAAAUUGGUAGCCUAAAGGAGCUCUCCUUCCUCAGCAAAGAGCACAGUCUUGAGGACUAUGCCAAUGAAUAUGGUGAGAUGGAUCAGAAUCCUUUUCAACUUGGCCUCAAGCCUGAGGAGAAGGAGGCCAUUAACUAUGCAGAUUGGGGAUCCGUGGUGACCACUGAAAAUGGCUUCAAUUCUUCAGGGCUCAGUAAUGGAGACAAACAGGAAGAGGCGCCUCAAAACAAAGUUUAUUUGGGAAGCCCUUCAAAUGUAAAUACAUCUGAAAGUAUUCCUACCACUGAACAUCCUGAAAAGUUGACAGAUGUUUUGGGCUUGCUGGAUAAAUCUACAAAUGAUUUUGAUUUUCUUCCAACUAAAAAUGAAGUGAACAGAAGCUGGGAGGAGGAGGUUGUAACACCUCCCCAUAAUCCUCCUUCUUCAGGAAUUCUGGAAUUUUUCUCCACUAUCCCAGCACAAACUGAAGUGUCAAACCCAGAUAAUUUCAUACAAACUAAACCCACAACAUUUCCCACCAGUGCUCAUAGCACUGCAUGUUGUGCUACAGGUGAAGUUACAUUUUCCACAACGAUCCCAAAAACAGAAUCAGACUAUAUUUACGAAUGGAGCUUGAUCAGUUACCCUGACAGCUACGAUGGUGAAAUGAAGGAUAAGCACACACCAACUCUAAAACUUUCUCAACUGCCAGAAGGUGCCUAUGUCUUCAGACUGGCUGUUUCUGCUGAAAAUGCAUUUGGAGAAGGAUUUGUAAAUAUUUCUGUCCAGCCAGCAAUCCGAAUAAAUCAACCCCCUGUUGCUAUUGUCUCUCCCAAAGUACAGGAGAUUUCUUAUCCUAUUACUUCUGCCUUCAUUGAUGGAAAUCAAAGUGUAGAUGAUACUAAAAUUGUGAGUUACCACUGGGAAGAAAUUGAGGGUCCCUUGCGGAAAAAGAAGGCAUCAGCUGAUACACCUGUUUUAUAUCUCUCUAAUCUUAUUCCUGGCAAUUACACUUUCAGGCUAAUUGUCACCGAUUCUGAUGGAGCAGUUAACUCCACAACAGCUUCCUUGAGAGUCAACAAACUAUCGGAUUCUCCUCCUGUUGCCAGUGCUGGACCAGAUCAGGAAAUUAGUUUGCCUCAAAAUUCAGUCACAUUAAAUGGAAACCAGAGUAAAGAUGAUCAUGGCAUUGUCAGCUACGAGUGGUCCCUGAGUCCCAAAAGUAAAAGCACAAUGGUAGCCAUGCAGGGCGUAAGGAGUCCAUAUCUUCAACUGUCUGCAAUGCAAGAGGGAGAAUAUAUGUUCCAGCUGACAGUAAUGGAUUCUGCAGAUCAGAAGUCAACAGCUGAAGUCACAGUAACAGUCUGGCCCGGGCAAAACAAGCCUCCAUCAGCCAUGACUGGCCCCGAUAAAGUGUUGACCUUUCCUAUCCGGAGCACGAAUCUCGAUGGGAGCAUGAGCACUGAUGACUUAAGGAUUGUCUACUAUCACUGGGAGAAUAUCAGUGGGCCAAGUUCUUUGCAUAUGGAGAAUGCUGAUAGCGCCGUGGCGACUGUCUCAGAUCUACAGAUCGGAACCUAUCAUUUCAGACUGACCGUAGAAGAUGAUCAAGGGCUGAGCAGCACUGCCACACUUUCUGUGAUUGUUCAGGAGGGCAGCAACUCUGCACCAAAGGCCCUUGCAGGAGGCAAACAUAUCCUUGUUCUCCCCAAUAACUCCAUUGCUUUGGAUGGAUCUCAUUCUGUUGAUGACCAAAGAAUUGUGUCUUAUCUUUGGAUCCGGGAUGGCCAGAGUCCAGCAGCUGGAGAUGUGAUUCUUGGCUCCAACCAUGAGGCUGUCUUACAGUUAACCAAUCUUGUAGAGGGGAACUACAUGUUUCAUUUGAAAGUCACUGAUGCCAAAGGAAAUUCAGACAUCGACACAGCUGUAGUGGAAGUAUGGCCCGACCCAAAGAAAAAUGGGCUUGUGGAAUUGAUCUUGCAAGUUGAAGUCGGUCAACUGACUGAGCAACAGAAAGAUACCCUCAUACAACAGCUAGCAGCACUCUUGGAUGUCUUACACACGGACAUUAAUAUCCAGAAGAUACAUGCUUAUUCUGAUAUCAGCACCGCUGUUGUGUUCUAUGUUCAGAAUGGGCACCCUUACAAAAUCAUAAAGGCUUCAGAUGUGGCCCAAGUGCUGCGUUUGCAACUCUUGAAGGAAAAGCCAGAUUUUCUACUUUUUAAAGUGCUUCGUGUUGACACAGCUGCUUGCCUCUUAAAAUGUUCUGGACACGGAAGCUGUGACCCCAUCACAAAGCAUUGUAUUUGCUAUCAAAUGUGGAUGGAAAAUUUGAUACAGCGGUACCUAAGCGGUGGGGAGAGCAAUUGUGAAUGGAGUAUACUCUACGUAUCAGCAUCUGCUUUCAUUGGAAUUGCAUUGGUGGUAGGGUUAAUUUGGCUUUGCAUCUGCUGUUGCAAAAGCCAAAAGAGAACCAAAAUAAGAAAGAAAAUGAAAUAUACAAUUUUGGACAACAUAGAUGAUCAGGAAAGAAUGGAGCUCAGGCCCAAAUAUGGUAUAAAACACAGAAGUACUGAACACAAUUCCAGUUUGAUGGUUUCAGAAUCUGAGUUUGAGAGUGACCAGGAUACCAUAUUUAGCAGAGAGAAGGUUGAAAGAGAAAACUCCAGAAACCUCAUGAAUAGUGACAUGAAAAAUGGGGUCUCCUUCAGCUACAGCUCAAAGGAUAGAUAAAUGGAUGCACUGCUUUGUUAGGAAAAUGGUACUUUAGUGCACUGAAGACUGGACAAGUCCGAAAUGGGAAGACAGACUCAUAAAUUUCCAGCAUGGCAGAGGGAGGAAUACCAUGGAUAUUUUGCUCUGUUCUUCAAGCAGUAGCUUUUAACUUGCCAGCGUUUUUCAAGCCUGUUUACUAGAGAUGGCAUUUACAUAUGUCUCAUGGACAUCGAAAAGUUUACAAUUAAAAUCUUAGCCAAGGCUAUUAUGUUACAAGAUCAUAGAGGAAAACUUCCUUAUAUUAGUCUUCUUAAAACAGAGUGACUUUGUCUGCAUAGGAAGCCACUUCUGUCAAUAAUGGAAAUUUAUCACAGUUAUUAAAACUGACAUGUAGUAGACAAAAUAUUUCUCUUAACUUUUCUUUGCUAAAUAAAUGAGAGGGUAUGAGUGCGGGGAUGAAUAGGUAUCUGCUAAACUCUGCUUUGAGAAUAUCGUGCUGUUAAACAUAAAUCGUGUUUAGAUUUAUGACAGGAUGAGAACUGGCCCUGCCUUGCCUGAGUUUAAGAAAGUAAAAUAGUUGCUAAAUAAAACAUACAAAUACCGAUUAGCAGUAACAGUGCAAAAUAAGAUGAAUAUAUGGAAGGAAUAUAUAUUCAGAUAUGAAUAUGUUUUGGAGGGAAUAAAAACCUUGCUUCUUGUCAACCUGUGUGGGAGUGAGCACAAGGCUUGUUUUAUUCCCUGUUGGAUGCAACAAUUGGAAAACUCCAGUGUCAAACUAUCACUCUGUGGCAUAAUCUUCUUGGAUCACUGUUGGCAUUUUCUUCUAGUCUAAUCCUCUUCUAGAAAGCUAGAUCUAAGAUUAAAGAUUGGCUGUUCAGAAAAACAGCCAGAGCAAUACAAAUACAAAGAUGUUUCCUGGAUAAUUUGGAUGGGAGCUGAUAAUUUGGAUGAGAGAGUCUGUUACUCAGACUUCUAAAUAUGUACACUUUAUUCUAUCUAGAGGCUCAGUAAAAUAUAAUCUAGGAUAAUAAUCUAGUAUUUUCCUUAAAUGGUUACCAUAGAAAUGCUCUAACUUUUUAAGGUUUGAAUUACCGUAUUUUUCAGAGUAUAAAACACACCUUUUUCCCCCCUAAAAAGGGGUGAAAAUUUAGGUGCGUUUUAUACACCGAAUAUAGCCCCGCCCACCCAAUAGCCCCCACCCUUUGGCCUCUGCCUCACAGCAGUUACCUCCUUGCAAGCAAACAAAGAAAAAACAGCUCCUUUCAGCUUCAGCACAGCCUAAUUAGCACAAGUUGAUUGGAUCGGCCUCCCGACUCUUAGCUGAUUUGCUCUCAGCUGUUUUGUGCUCUGCUGCUUGCUGCAAAGAGGUAAAUUGCUGGAGCAGAUUUUUUUUCCUUGUGCUAAUCGAGCUAUGCUGAAAACGAAAAUGGAAGUAAAGCAGGCUGCUUGCUGUUUGCUGCAACAGGCAAAAUUGCUGAGGCAGGGGGAGAUUUCUUUUUCUUCUUUUCCUCACCAAAAAAGGUAGUGCAUCUUAUAUUCCAGUGCGUCUUAUACUCCAAAAAAUACGGCAGCUGUUGAAUAAUUUCUUAGGCAUUGUAUCAUGUAAUCUAAACUUGUAUGAAAUUACUUACAUAAAUAGGAUGAUUAUACAUGAAGCCAAUAGUGGACAUGUGUGCAUGUACAUUUUGUACAUAAACAAGAGUCCAUGCCAGGUGUUUUAUUGGAUAUGAAUACUGAUGAACGGAAAAGUAUCUUACAUGCAUCUAUUGGCCAAUAAAAGCACACAUCUCAAGCAAAAAAAAAAAAAAAGGAGAUCGAGCUAUUCUUCACAUUAAGUGAUCACAGAUGUUAUAUGUAACCUCAAUUUCCUCAAAAUCGAGAUGAGCUAUAGGAACUUCCAGACUGGAUCAACUAAACUUUGUAACUGGAAGGAUUACAGAAACAAUUUUAUCAUCAACUGUUUUAAUAAAAGUACUUCCCCCCCUCCCA